AUGUUACCUCCAACACCAAAUCUUCCAGAUGCGACAUUUUCCGGGACAACUCGGAUUAACAACAUCGAUCUUUGGUAUGCCUUAUUUGGGCCGCCUCUAGAUUGUGGGCGAACCCCCAUAGUUUUUCAGCAUGGCGGCAAGAUCAAUUCCAACUGGUGGGGUCUCCAGAUCAGACACAUUGCUGGAAAGGGACACCCUGUUAUCGCAAUCGAUACGAGAGCUCAUGGUCGAUCAAAUGAUGACACAGAGGUGCCGCUAUCAUAUGACUUAUUCGCCAACGAUACGGUGGCCUUACUUGAACAUCUCAAGGUGUCCAGGGCUUCGGUUGUUGGGUGGUCUGAUGGCGCCAACACCGCUCUCUCCUUAGCAAUGUACCACGGCGAAAAAGUUGAUCGCGCAUUCAUCUUUGGCGCCAAUUAUCAGCCUGAUCAAGCCAAUAUUACUGGCAUAAUGGGAUUGCCUUUCCUGGACGAUUUGCAAAAUAGGAUGAAAAGCGAAUACAAAGCUUUAUCUCCGAAUCCAGAAAAGUUUGACGAUUUCAUGGCGAAAAUGGCCACGAUGCAAAGCACGUUUCCAGACUGGAAUGACAAAUCAUUUGCCCAAAUCAAGACACGCUUUCAAGAUCCUGGCCGUGCACCUAUUAUAUGGAUUGGGGAUGGGGAUUCGGAGGAAGUCGUACAGCGAAGAGUUGCAGGUGAGAUGAGAGAUAUGAUCAGGGGAUCAAGCCUAGUAGUAUUGCCGGGUGUCGGACACUUUGGCCCUCUCCAAGAUCCUGAUACGUUCAAUGCCAUCCUUGAUCGAUGGCUUGCGGAUCCGCGCCAUUAG